CCAUAAGGAGCGGAGUAGACAAGCAAGAUGGAGGAACUGAAAUUCAGAGGCAAGAAAAGAGAGGGAAGACACAGGGAAACAUGGGAUCCGUUCAACCUGAACCCAAUAGGAGCGGAGAAGGAAAGUAAGAGAAAAUGUUUCAGGCUGGCUCAGAACCUGGUGGCUGCGGUUGUGGGGCUGGCCGUCUUGACCAGUGCCAUUGUCUCAAAGGGGGCUCUCUCUUUGGUGUUGUCCACACUGUCCAGCUCCGACCCUCCAUGCGCAGCCCGCAAGGAGAAACAGUUCUACAUGCUGAUGUUGGUUUUCUGCCUGAUCUGCCCCAACUUCCUGGUGUUUUUGAAGUCACUGUGGAGGUGUAGCUUCAAGAGCUUCAUCCAGCCAAAAAUGAAGACCAUGGCAUUUAUCUGUGGCAUUGAGUGUCUGGUAUCUCUUGGUACUUCCCUCCUGGUGCUAGUAGUUAUGCCUCAGUUUGACGUGCUGACUAACCUCUUCAUCAGCGGAGGAGUUUGCAAUUGUGUCUGCAUUCUGCAGAUAGUAUACAGGCUGCAGGGAGACAAAUGGAAAAUCCUGUUCCCAAUCUGCUCGCUCAUUCUCACAGUUACAGGACUCUGCCUCCUGGGGGUCGACUACUAUGUUCGCGUGUCAUCAUUUGUGGAUCGACAGGGCACCGACUGCUUUGUGUACGUUGCCAUUGGGAUUUUCUCUUCACUCCUCAUCUCCCUCUGCUGGUGAAAUCCACUGCAAGCUACUAAUCGCAUGCCGGACAUGGAUGGAUACAGGGACUUUGUUGUCAUCAGUAGUAUUCUGAGGAUAAUAGUGAUAGGAGGAGUAUACCUGUUCUACCAUGUGCUAAUUGAGAAAUCCAUCACCUGGUCGGACUUUAAUCUGCAGGAUGUGGACUAAUUACUGCAAAUAGGACUAGUGUUGUUAUUCUUACAGGCCUUCUGCUCAGCGGCCUGCCACUGGUUCGGUGUGGUGGCCUGUAAGAUCCAUGCGGUCAGGAUGAGCUUUGCGCUGCCAGUGUGUUGCACGGGACCCGCAGUGCUUCUGUUGGGAAUGAUACUUUUCUUAACUCAGGCCGAACAACUGAACGGGGCAAAGCACGGGAGCAUCACAGAAUUUUGUGAAAGCUUGGUCUACUUGAGCCAUAAAAACACAACCCCUGUGGUUUUACUAGAAAUCACAAGGAGCAUUUGUCGAACUUCACUCAACAGCUACUACUUGCAAUGGCCAUUUUCAAUGCUGGCACUGGAGGGGGUAUGCAUGUGGUCAGGCUUCGUCACAUGCACCUACUAUGUAUGGAAGAUCAAGGUCCAGCGUAUAGAGAGAACCUCUCAGCUGUUUGUUCGUCGCCUCUAUGAAUCUGCUUUCAUCGACCUGUCUCUGCUACUCAACACCAAGAUGAAGGUGCCCCGGGCCAAGAGCCAAGAGAGUCAAGAUGACAUGCAGAAAUGCGUGAUCUAUCUUUGUGCCACCAUGUGGCACGAGACCUAUGAUGAAAUGCUGAAAAUUCUCACCUCCAUGUUCAGGUAAGACCGCUAUCGAGGUGAUCCAAAUGAGGAACACAACGAUUGUUUUGUUGAGUGUCACAUUUAUGUAGACGAUGCCUACAUGAAUGAGAGGAGCGAAAAGAGGCUGGUUAACUCUUAUGUCACUGACUUGAUCCAUGUUGUCAUUGAGGUGUAUAGGGUGUUUACCAACAAAGGCAAUGAUGUGUCGAUCAUUGAGACCCCCUACGGUGGCAGGCUGAUUAUUAUGCCAGAAGGAAACAUGCUCUAUAUUCAUCUAAAAGACAAAGAUCUAAUCAGGAACAAGAAAAGAUGGUCUCAGAUUAUGUAUAUGUACUAUCUACUCGGCUGGAAGGGCUACAUCGUCAAGAACCCUCAGAAGAUCACACGCCAGAACAACCCACACAGAGACAGUAUGAUCUCUAUGAAUGGAGAGAUUUUUCUGCUGCCUCAGCAUGACAAUGACUUCAAGAGAAUCAUCUCAGAUGACAACACCUACAUCCUGGCUCUGGACGGGGACACAGACUUCCAACCCAAAGCUGUGAUUCUGCUUGUAGACAGGAUGAGGAUGUAUCUCAAUGUAGGUGCAGCAUGUGGAAGAAUCCAUCCUACAGGAAUGGGUCCCAUGGUGUGGUACCAGAAGUUUGAGUACGCAGUGGGCCACUGGCUGCAGAAGACAGCAGAGCACGUGUUCGGCUCCGUGCUGUGCAGUCCAGGAUGUUUCAGUCUGUUCAGAGGAUCGGCCAUAAUGGAUGACAAUGUAUUGAAAAAAUACACAACAACAUCCAAGAGAGCUUCGGAAUAUGUGCAAUAUGACCAAGGAGAGGAUCGUUGGCUGUGUACUUUGUUACUGCAACAAGGGUGGCGUGUUGAAUACAAUGCUGCAUCAGAUGCUUACACCAACUCACCAGAAGAGUUCAAGGAGUUUUAUAACCAGAGGAGACGAUGGGGACCAUCUACACUGGCCAACACACUGGACCUUCUGCACAGCGGUAAGGAGACAUCGAAAAGAAACACAUCCAUCUCCGGGCUUUACAUCUUCUACCAGAUGUUCACGGUUGGUUCCUCCAUCCUUGGUCCAGCCUCUGUGACUCUCAUGAUAGCAGGUGCUUUUCAAUUUGUCUUCCAACUUGCCGGUACAAAUUCCAUCAUCAUCGCAAGCGUUCCUCCAGUGUUCUACGUCAUCAUCUGCUUUACAGUCAAGUCAAAUACCCAAAUCACCAUCGCUGCCAUCAUGAGUGUGCUGUAUGCGUUCCUCAUGACUGCAUCCUUGUUUUCUAUAAUCGGUGACAUGGUGAUUCAGGGCACCUUCCUGACCCCGACUGGUCUGUUUUUGGUUUCUAUGACACUCAUGUACGCAGUGACAGCUAUACUACACCCAGAGGAGUGGGGGAAUAUUAUCUACGGUCUGAUGUAUUUCAUCUGCAUCCCCAGUGGAUAUCUCCUUCUGACCAUCUACUCACUGGUUAACAUGAACAACGUGUCCUGGGGCACAAGGGAAACCAACAAGGGAGAAGGAGAAGUGAAGAAGAACCAUAACAUGCUGUGUGACAGAAACUGCAGACUCUGCUGUUGGGACAUGAAGAUACAGGUAUCACAGGAAACAGAGAAUCUGAUGCUUCGUCAGGUCACAGGCCAGACUGCAGAGCAAGGCUCUCCUCUUCCCAUCACCAGCCAGGACGCAAUGGCUCAACAGGCCGCUGACACGGCUGAGGCUCAGGUGGAACUCAUCUCCAUCACAACCGAAGAAGGAGCUGAAAAGCCCAACAAGGCGGUGAAGCUGAACGACGCUGCUUCCUACAGCAGUGAUGACAGUUUAAAAAAAAGGAGCCUAACAGAGAGUGCAUUCGACAAAGAGGAUGAUGAGGACGACGAUGACGCAAUGCAUGCUGAACCAGAGGAGCUCCCAAUCAAAGACUGGGUAUUGCCGGUAAAAGAAGAGUUUUUGAAGAAACUGACAUAUGCCAACCUGAAGAGAAAUCUACAACAACAAAUACGAUAUGCGCUCCCUAACAUAAGUGAAGAAGAUGUGUGUGAAGAGCUGGUCCUUAUGUUAAUAGAUACUCUCAAUCAACAGCUUGGUACAGUGGGGCCUGAAGAUAUUCUGUCAGAAAGCCAGAUGGAGGAGUUACAACACGCACUGGAAGAGCAUGCUCGGCGUAUCCUUAAAACCAGUAGAAUGGAUAAAUUGCAGAAGAAAGUUGCCAUUGCCAUCAAGAAAACCCUCACUGCACCGCAAGUGCGGAAACUUGAAGAGGGUGAGCAGGACUUCUGGAACAAGUUGAUUGAUCGCUACUUGACACCUAUUAAUGAUUCUCAAGCACAUAAGGAUGAGGUCACCAGAGAACUCAAGUCACUACGCAACAAGGCAGUCUUCCUGUAUUUCAUCAUCAACGUGCUGUGGGUCGUAGCUACCUUCUUCCUACAGGCCAUUGGAAAUGAUGUAAUCAGCAUCAAGAUCCCUAAAUACCUUCCGAACGGGACUGCAUCUGGAGAGAUCCUCAAGGUGGAGCCGCUCAGUUUGAUGUUCCUGUUGUCUUUUGCUGUUCUUCUCUUUGUCCAGUUUGUGGCCAUGUUAUAUCACAGAGUCUACACUCUGAUCCAUGUGGUGUCCUAUCGCAGCUCAGAGAAAGACUACAAACAGAAGGGGAUCAAAGACCCGGAGCUUACCGAGGAUGAAUAUUGCAUGACUCUGGAGAACCAUUCCGCCACGGGACUCACCUUUACUGUUGAUGAUCUGUAGUCCAUGACAACCAACUGUCACCAGUGAAACCCAGCAACCAGACAACAUUUCAAAUGCAGUACAUAUUAAAAACUAAACAGAGUGAACAGGAAAUCAUCUUGCAUUCAGCAGUAAGUCUUGACUGGCACAAGGGAAAACGAUUGUAACAAAUCUAACGUAAUUUUUUUUUUGACAUGUUAAAAUGAGGAAAUAUGUGAGUUAAGGUUUUACAAAAUGUGAUAUUAGGUUGGAGUGUUUUCAUUGAUCAUGUGCUUCAUUUCAUGGUAUUUUCUUGUUUAGAUUUGUUUAUUUAUUGCAUUCAAGUGUGGUGGAAAACAUCGACUAAUUGAAUAUCCUUAAACUAAAUUUGUGAAGUUUGAUGAAUAUUCUUUUUUUUUUUCUUGCAUGCCUGUAUCAAAAUCAUUUAUGAUUUAGGAUUUUGUAUGUGUUAUUUGCACAUAAUAUAUUGCAAGAAAUACUCAUAUUUUAUACCCUGAAUUGUUUCUAGUGUAAUUUAUAGCUUUGUGUUUCCCUUUUAAUAGUCAGAAUAGUAUAUAUAUAUAUAGUGUUUAUACUGUAUGUAAACCAAUUGGAAAGAUGCACUUUAGAGGGAUUGAAUUUUACAGCAAAUGUUUAUGUUAAACUCAAUAGACCUAUCGCUAAGCCACGCCCCCUUUGAAAACUCGGACAAACAAAGCCGACCGUGAAUGACUCUUGACAAUGGCCGCGGGGGGAGUUCAAGUUAAAAAUAACAUUAAAAUAGAAGAAAGAGCUAAUAAAAGCAACAGCAGAUGAAAGUUAACAGUUAAAAGCAAGAGUAAAAAGGUAGCCAUGUAUUUCUUUAUAUCAAAUAUCUAAUCUUGUUGCCUGUCGUGUGUAGUGGUGACUGUUGUGUAACCAUUGAAAUUAUAAUAUGAUGUUGAAUGUUAGCAGUGGUGGUCACUACAUUAAAUCUAUAACUAUAA